AUGAAAAUAACGGGCAACGCUACUAUAUGGCAUUGGGAAUGUAAAAUUUUAACCCCAUUCAUCCAUCUGUUGGAUAUGACAGACCUCUUUCCAAGAAACACGCCGAAGAAAUUUUCUUUUCUUAUGCCUAACAAUUUGAAUGUAGCAUUCACCGUAUCUUCAUGCGUGCCCGUCUGUGUUUUGUGUUUCCCUCGCUGUUUGGAUACUGUUGGUUCAAACAGUGAUGUGGGAAACUUGGUCAUAAACUAUGGAAUCCGAUACCGGUGGAUAUCUGAUCCGAACCUCCUUGAUUAUGGCUAUUAUUCUGUAAUAUCUGCUCUCAUUGUUUAUCGGCCUGGUUGGUUGGUGGCCGAUGCCGACAACAGCAUUUCAAUCAAUAGCAGCAAACCGCGCGCGGUUUGUGCGCGGUCCUUCCGUGGUACUGCGUGCGAUCAUCAUCAACAUCAUUGA